AUGGCAGCAAAACAUCAUCCCGACUUGAUUAUGUGCCGCAAGCAACCGGGCAUUGCCAUUGGGCGGCUCUGCGAGAAGUGCGACGGCAAAUGCCCCAUUUGUGACAGCUACGUUCGACCGCACACGCUCGUGCGAAUCUGCGACGAGUGCAACUACGGCAGCUACCAGGGCCGCUGCGUUAUUUGCGGUGGACCGGGGAUCUCCGACGCCUACUAUUGCAAGGAGUGUUGCCAGAUGGAGAAAGAUCGAGACGGAUGCCCGAAAAUCGUCAACCUAGGAAGCGCCAAGACAGAUCUCUUCUACGAGAGGAAGAAGUACGGGUUUAAACGCGGAACUUAG